AUGGUUGUGGGAGAACGUUCGCUCGGAGAUAAAAUGAAAAAGAUUUCUAAAGAAGCCAAUCUAUCUAAAACUUAUACGAAUCAUUAUGUAAGAGCAACGGCAGUUACUAUUCUUGAUAAAUCUGGCUUUGAAGCUAGACACGUAACGGCAAUAAGUGGGUAUAAAAACGAGAGCAACAUCCAAAGCUAUUGCAAGACGGACAUUUCUACCAAGAGAAAAAUGUCAACAAUGCUGUCAGCAGAGUGCGAGAUUGGAGGCGAUGAGGAAACGCAUCUGAGUCAGUUUCAGUUGUCGCCUAUUUUGAGCCUUUCUCAAGAAGAAUUUAUCGUGCAAAACACUCAUACAGAAAACAAAAAAACAUUUAAUUUUCAUAACUGUAGUGUUAACUUUUUUCAGUAA